UCCUUCAAUUAUUAAUAUACAAUUUUCUUACUGUUUAUUGUUAAAUCAUCAAGCUCUGAUGGGGCAAAUACAACUCUAAAAAUAUCCACAUUCCAAAGCUCUUACUUGACAACAGCAGUGAGUUUAUAAGGGGUACAGAACAUGCCCCCUUAUUCACAUGGCAAUUUGUAACAUCCUGAGCAUUAGUUUGUAAAUAUUAAACACCUCUUAACAACUGAAUUACAUAAUUUGCAAGUCCUGUUAUAAAAUGAAUCACAAUUUUUUUUAUCCAAACUGCUGUGGGUCCACAUGGUCGUCCCAAUAUCCUCUGUAUUAGCUGGUACAGGGAUGGUUUGAAAUGUUGACUAAAUACAAGCUGAACAAAAAGUGUAUUAGGAUGUUGUAUUCAGUACAUACUAUAUACAGUCCGAUAGUUAGACUUUAUCUGACCCCUUUCAUGGAAAACAGCAUGUUUUGCCAUCUGGGACAUGGGAGGAAAACUCCCAGGCUGCUUGGUAUCAUCUGGACUGCUGCCCAUAAAUAGAUCUGCAUAGUGUGCCAGCUCUGCUAAAUGAACUAAAGAUGGAACUGGCACUUAUCCUCCUCCUGGUUGUUACAACUGUGUCUGGGUGUGGUGUAUCCAGGGUCCAGGCCAACACUAGUCGUGUGGUGAACGGGGAAGAAGCUGAUCCAUACAGCUGGCCAUGGCAGGUUUCUGUGGAGUCUUUCUUCCCCACUUGUGGAGGAACACUUAUUUCUCCAGACUGGGUCUUGACUGCGGCACACUGCAUCACAUUCCACACGUACAGGGUGGUACUUGCUGAGCAUGACAUGAACAAGGAGGAGGGGCCUGAGCAGUUUAUCAUGGUGUCAAAAAUGUUCAUUCAUCCCAAAUGGAACGACAACUGUGUGUCUUGUGGGAAUGACAUUGCCUUGCUUAAACUGGAGAAAAGUGCUGUUAUCAGUGACAAAGUUCAGCCAGCUUGUCUGCCUUAUCAGGGUGCCAGCGUCGCUCACAACCAGCCCUGCUACGUCACCGGCUGGGGUCGUCUGUACUCUGGCGGUCCUCGGGCAAUUACACUGCAGCAGGCCCUACUUCCUGUGGUGGAUCACAGCACUUGCAGUCAAAGCGACUGGUGGGGGAGCUCAGCAAAGACAACAAUGGUCUGUGCUGGCGGCGAAAGCAAGUCAGCAUGCCAUGGAGACUCUGGAGGCCCUCUCAACUGUAAGAGCAGGGAUGGUAAGUGGUAUGUAGAAGGGGUAACAAGUUUCGUGGAUGGACGAGGCUGUAAUACUCCUAAGAAGCCCUCAAUGUUCACCCGUGUGGCCUCCUUCAUCCCCUGGAUAAGUGAGGUGAGGGAAAUGUACAUUAGGACAUGUAGUUAAUAUAUUGUGAAACUUGAAUACUUUAUCUGAUGUUAUUUCCCCUCAGACCAUGGCCAAAAACUGAAAACACUUCCACAAACCCAAGAAGAGAAAGAAUAAUAA